AGCAGCUGGCUACUACUGAUAAGAUAGCUUGUCUGCACUCUGUGUGGGAGCCAUUGAGGCCUUAAGCCUGCCCUCGAAACUACAUCUCAUGACAUAAAUACAAUAAACAUGCCCAAACAAUCGACACAUUUUGUAUGAUUUGUCAUGAGCGAUGAUUUGUCAUGACUAUUUGACUUUCAUCGCACUGAUUCUGACAUCGUAUGAUGGACUCGGGUGGACAAUAUUCCUUGUACUCUAAUAACCACACGUUUAAAACAUUAAAACAUUAAUAUUAACAACAAUUAAUAAUUAAUAAAAUGCAUUUAGUGUUCACCAGGACACAGCUAUGAUUUUGAAGCUAUGUAAUCAACAAAGAAAUGAUAAUCGUGUAAAAACGCAGUAAUUUUGAAACUGUAAUCAAUAGAAUAAUACCAAUGUACAGCUAUGAUUCAACCGAAACCGAAAUGCAUGCAUGUACAGUAAUACUUGAUAGCGCCACAACUGGUAUUGACUGAGAGACAUUCGAAAUUCGAGUUACAUUGAACUCACCAGGAGACCACUCCCAGGGGGCGUGGACACCAACUUUCACACCUUUACUGACCUGUACAAAUACCUGUAGGCAGAGAUUCAUUGAUAGAAGCUAAAGACAGGCGCUGUGGCCUGUCGAUGGCAGAGACCAGCUCAGCUGAAAUGUUCUUCUUUAGCACAGCACCCGUUCAUUUUAUUAAAUACUUUUGAUUUUAACUUUUCAAUAAGAUGUCUUCUGUCCGUCCGGACUUUCUUCAUUUUUAGAACAUAACAUGGUCUUAACCUCCUAACAUUUGCUUUCAUUUCAAAAUAAUCUGCAUGCAGCAACUUCAAAUUAUCUUUAUUUACAUUUUCCAAUGGAAGGUAAAAUAUAAUUUGUUUCUUUUUCUGCACACUGCGACAUUUACAGCUGUUUGUUGCACCGGUCUGAGGUGGUUAUUUAUGUCUUUAAUGUGUGAGUUAAAGAGAGAUCUUUUUAGAAUAUAUUCAACGUUUUGGGUGACACUGUGCUUCUCUAAGGAUGUGACAUAAUGGUCCAACACAGACAACUGGAAAAUUGUCCUUUGCACAUUCUUUUGUCAUGUGGAUUGAGGGUGAGGUUUUGUUAGUGUUUUAGUAGCUCUUUGGCUGUGACCACCACCUGGUGGAUGCUAUCACACCUCUUGAGUGACUGACCCCCCCGAGUUAGUAAUAUAGAUAGAUCAUUGAGAAGUUAAUGUUUGAAUAUUUAAUUUACUGUCAGCUUAUGGGGAUUACAGACUUCACACAGAACAUCAUUUUGGAAAACUGGAAUCAUAUCCGAGCAGAAACUCUCAGAUAAACAAAAUGGCCUCAAAUAAUCAUUCUUGCUUUUGUCCAUUAGUAGGAAAAGUAAAUACCUAUGUUUGGAUCCUCAAGAAUAUGUACCCAAAUAUAUACACAGCCUCCCGCGUGGUGUUGAAGCACCUUCUUUAUUACACAUUAAACACCCGUAAUGCUUUUUUGUGCUAAUAAGAAGUAGCAUUACCUACACGAUGUAACGCUAUGUCGUUGGUUCAGGAGGAAGUUAACGAGACGGCCUUGAACGCAACAUUGACCUUCCACGGUAAAUUAACGGUCGGAUUCCGCGAUGAACCAAUAAAGAAGAAGAACGCAAACGUCAAAAAUGCGCGUGGCUUACGUCACGCUAGCCCCCUGAGCUAACUAACGCCAACUGACAAGUUGUUAGCCUAGCCGCUAGCUAGCCGCUGGGACGAUUGGGGAAACAUCGACAGGCGGCUGUGCCCGUUGAGGUCGAGACUAACACGCCCUCAUGGACCCGGACUACGCCAAGUUGCUGCAUUUCUUCAAGGGGAAGCGCGUCAAACUGACCCUGAAGUCUUCCUCGUACGUCGGCGUCGUCCAACGGAUCAAUCUCAACAAAACGCUGGUUUUGGCGGACGUUGUUAGUAAUGGCUCGCAGAUUACUGGGUCCAAACUGUUCUUUGGUCAUGAGAUCCUCAAUGUGGAGUUUCCCAAUGAAGCAAACACUGAUAGUGGAAAUAUUGAAGAGCAUUUGAAUGUGGAAACGUUUCAGCCACACAUGAAGACGAUCUCAUUCGAUGGCGAUGAAGAACACGUAAACUUCAUCGUCAUCGAUGAGUUUCACGAGAAGUUUGGGUCUGCUGUGAUGCACAUCAAGGGGCAGCACGUGAUCGGUGUGGGCGCUGAUGGAGUCGAGAUGUUUAACAGACUGUGCUGGCUGCAGAUUGCCACUAAAAAGAAGGUUUACUUGUUUGAUAUCCUGGUACUUGGAGAUCGGGCCUUUAAGAACGGUCUUUCUAUGAUCCUGGAAAAUACGCGCAUACUAAAGGUCAUCCAUGACUGCAGAGCCAUUGCUGGAUGUCUGAGUGCUCAGUUUGGAGUAAAGCUUUCCAACGUCUUUGAUACGCAGGUUGCAGAUGUCAUGGGCUUCUCCUCUGAGACAGGAGGUCUUCUGCCCAACAGGGUCAGUACUCUGCAGGAGGUGGUUAGUCUCCAUCUGAAGGUGCCCUCCUCUCAACUCUCAUCCCUUCAGAUCAAGUCCCAGCUCAACAAGGAAGAAAGGGAGUUGUUGUACAAGCGGCCCUGUCCUAUACCCCUGCUUAAGGUGAUGGCUCUGUCGGUGAUCCACCUCCUCCCUCUCAGACUGGUGCUGCUGGAUACUCUUAUGAUUGACUACGUGGCCCUGGUGGAUUCAUACCUCAAGAGCAGCUUCUAUGAACCUGAUGAAUUGCCGCGGCAUGUCGGCAUGGAGAGCGUGUUCGAGCUGCUGAGAGAGCUCCGACAGCUGGGGCAAAUGCGACAGGAGCGGGCCGCCGACCACUACGCUGUCACAGAGCACGGUCUGCUGGACCGCUUCAGCCCCCGCUCUCCGUCUCCAUCCCAGAGUCCACCCGCUGAGGGCAACGUGGACCCUCCGUCGAGCCCUCCGAGAGCCGGCGACGGGUUUUCCGUGGACGUGGACCGGCCUGCAGUCCCACUCGAUUCAUCAGAGCUCAGGAAACGCUCUGCCGCAAGCGCUCCCGCGUCUCCCGCUGCAGGCAGAGGGAGCACAGAGGUACUGAUGGACACAACGGGUGGAGGAAGUGCCUCUGGGGGGACGCCUGCGUCAUGGGGCUUCGGAAGAGGGUUCCUUCUCCCGGUGUCACAAGAUGAGAAACCCACCCAGAGAAUGGGGGCCGUAACAAAUCCUGGUAGGAUGGGGCAGCUCCUUUUGGCCCAACAAGUGAUGCAGGAGCCUGGCCGCAGCGCGACUGACCUGCCAAAGGAGCAGAGUCCCUCUCAUCUUCACAUCUACAGUCUCUAAGGCCUUUGAGAUAUUUAAGGAUGUGUAAUAAGCGCACGGUAUUACAGAUGGUAUAUUGUUUAUUACUAAAAGUGUCCAGCAGAUGGCAGUACACGUUGUGUUUUGUGCUGAGCUUUGUUUAAAACCCAGCAGUGGUGUCUGAUAUUUUUUUUUUCUUUCUAAAUUUUCCUCCUGCCACACUAUAACUAAUAAAAAUCUUAAAGCAAAAAAGAGUUUGGGCCUUGUUUGCCAGUUCCCUUAAAUGUUUCUGUGUUAAUGACUAAACAUGUUCCUUUUACUUGAGUUGUAUUUGUGUGAUUUGCCCCUAAACCCUUGUUUAAUUUUAUUAUGAUUGACCGCCUGUUUAAAUGUAACAUCUAGAUACUCUGGCUCCACAUUUUCAGUAGAACGUAGCGUGCUAAGCGUGAUGUGUUCCCAGCACAGCUUGGCAACUGUUUAAAAAAACAAACAGCGGCUGACAUUGAUGGAUCUGCUCUUAAUCGAGCAAAGACAUUGCUAGCUGAGGUUUCUUUUGAUUACAAAUGACCAAAGAAAACCAUUAGACCU